AUGCAACUUCAUCCCAGCAAGUCCGAGGCGCAAGUCGAUGCUAUGGCGAAACCAGUAUCUCCUGAGGAGGUUGCGAUUUUGAAAGAGGCUUUUGAUGCUUAUGAUGAUGAUAAAACUGGAACAAUCAGUGUCGAAGAGUUCGCCAAAGUAAUGAAGUCAACUGGACAGAACCCCACAGAAGCAGAAGUUCAGCAAAUCAUCGACGAGGUAGAUCUGGACGGAGACGGAACCAUUAGCUUCGAUGAAUUCAUCUCCAUGAUGACUGGCGGCCGCUCGCGCCAUCCAGCGCCUACAGCAGCGGCAGAGGAAGAUGACUCUGACGCAGAUCUAGCUAAGGCGUGGAAAGAGUACGAUCCAAGUCUAAAAUCAUCAAUCACUGGGUCACAGUUGCGGCAGCUGCUGGGUUCCUUGGGGGAGAAUGUGAGUGAUAAGGAGGUCGACGAUUUGAUGGGUAAUAUUGAUGGUGAUGAUAAGAUCAGUUAUGUUGAAUUCGUGAAGUUUUUGAAAGGCAGGAGGGUUGAUGAAAAUGACAUUCUUGAUGGAUACGCUUAG